UUGUUCCAUCUAUAAAUUUGUUAUUUUAAAAGGUCCUUGCCAUCCUAAUAUUCUUUAGGCCAACAUCUCUAAAUUUGGGUUGAGUAUAUAAAACAGGAUAAAAACAAGGAAGUAGUUCUGAGAAGUACAGUAGAGGGGCUUGCUAGUACAGAGUAAUUUUGCUGCAGUAAUUAGAAUAUGAGGUCCAUAAUGUGAACGCUUGUGAAUUUGUCUACUUUACGUGUGCAUUUCUUGAAUUUGAAAUACAGACACAGUGCUGGGUACCUGUUUACUUGUUUCCUUUUAACAAUCCUCUUUUCUUUUUCCAAAAGCUCUCUCAGGUAUAUGGAGCCACAGAAUCUAACAGAUGUCUCAGAAUUCUUCCUCUUGGGCCUCUCUGAGGACCCAGAACUGCAGCCCCUCCUCUUUGGGCUGUUCCUGUCCAUGUACCUGAUCACUGUGACUGGGAACCUACUCCUCAUCCUGGCUGUCACCUCUGACUCCCAUCUCCACACCCCCAUGUACUUCUUCCUCUCCAACUUGUCCUUGACUGAUAUCAGUGUCAUUUCCACCACACUCCUAAAGAUGCUAGUGAACAUCCAGACACACAGCAAAUCCAUCACCUAUGCAGGCUGCCUGACACAAGUGUCCUUUUUCUAUCUCUUUAUAUGCCUGGAUACUGUGCUCCUCAGUGUGAUGGCUUAUGACCGGUUUGUGGCCAUCUGUCACCCCCUGCGCUAUACAGUCAUCAUGAACCCCCGCCUCUGUGUCUUGCUAGUUUUGGUAUCUUUUUUUAUCAGCCUUUUGGACUCCCUGCUGCACAUUUCUAUGAUGUCACAACUUACCUUCUGCACAGCUGUGAAAAUUCCUCAUUUCUUCUGUAACCCUCCUCAACUCUUUCAAUUUGCGUGCUCUGACACCUUCAUCCAUAUCUUAUUAGUAUAUUGUAGUGGUGCCAUCUUUGGUGGUGUUCCAAUCUCAGUGAUCCUUUUCUCUUACGCUCGAAUUGUUUCUUCCAUUCUGAGAAUCUCAUCUUUAGGUGGGAAGUAUAAAGCCUUUUCCACCUGUGGCUCUCACCUUACAGUUGUUUGCUUAUAUUAUGGAACAGGCCUUGGAGUGUACUUCAGUUCAGCUGCCACAUCUUCACCCAGGAUGUGUGCGGUGUCCUCAGUGAUGUACACUGUGGUGACCCCCAUGCUGAACCCCUUCAUCUACAGCCUGAGAAACAGGGACAUCAAGAAGGCCCUCUGGAGGCUCCUCAGCAGAAGGGUUUAAUAUUAAAACUUGUGCCAUCUUUUUUGACAUGUGGAUUGGAAAAGAUGACAAAACCUAACAUCUGCAAUCAUAAAUCUUGCC